AUGCAAUUCAUCAACGAGACUGGAACUCAAGAACAUGACCCGGAAACGCGCCAGACCAUUCGCCGCCAUGUCAUGCUGGGCAAGAAUCGAGGAAAGAGACCGUCGAGGCCAAAGCAGCCUUCUAUCCUAGGCGCAUCGGUACUUGACCUAAAUAAUGCUGCGCUUGUCAAACACCCUUCGGACAGAGCUGUCCCGUCAAGGGUAGGAUCGGAUAUAUCCUUCCUCAAGUUCGCAGACAAUGUCGAAGAGAGCCUUAUGAGCGAGACUCUACAGUUCUGCUCCGCUACCAAUGAACACAUGUAUGUCCUGGAACCAUGUAUUUCCUUCGAAGCUUACGACCCUCUCGCGUUGUGUUUCCAGCCACUUGCCAGCGACGCACUCUACCUGAAUACUAUGGUCUUCUCGUCGAAGAUCUUCAGAGAUAUCGCUUCUCAGAACAGUAUCGCACGGUCCAAGGGUGGCAGACCCAACCUAACUCUACAGCAUUAUGGCAAAGCGAUAAGUAUACUGAGGGAGAGGGUUGCCGAGAACCAAAGCCCAGACAGUGAGGUCUCCGAUAUAACGAUUAUGGCCGUCUUGCUGUUGGCUAUGCAUGCGUUGGUAGUGGGACAUGCGACGAACGCACGCACUCAUGUCAAGGGUAUGGUAAGGAUGAUUCACAUGCGAGAGGGCGCCCUUGUGUCGUACAAGGACAAGACCAAGCAGUUGACGGAGAUUUUGCGGUGCGACCUCUCCAUUUCAUUGGCGACGGGCCGCCCACCUCUACUCAACCCACAAGGUCUAUUCGACGACGGCGACGAUAAACUUUUAGGCCUUGACGGAUCAUCUCGGCGCGAAUUGAUACAACAGCCAGAUUCGAACAUGAGCAACGACUCGUCCAAGGUCUGGACCAUAAUGAAGCAUUUCUGCGCUACAAUCAACAAAGCUACCACCGCAGAGCGCAAAGUCUCGGACAGGGAGUUCCUUCAAACAAUGUCUUCGGUCAUGUAUGGCGCACUGAAGACAUCUUCCCCAGCUGGGUCAAUUGAAGAGUUGAUUCGCCUCGCAAUCCUGUCCUUGUCGGCGGAUGCUUUUCUACAAUGGCGGCGAGUCCGGGUGCCUCUUCCGUGGCUCCAACGACAAUACCAAGAAGCUCUUGCUCGUCGUGCGCGCAAUGCGACCAAUGCCAUCGACCCGAGUCUUGCUCUCUGGCUUCUACUGAUAUACGGGAUCGGCUAUAGUCCGCUUUCUCCCAAUGACCUAGACAAGCUACAGUCGUGGUUGACCAGAAUCAUGCGACAGGGCGAGUCAAACAGCUGGGCCGACGUGAAGAGCGCUGUUGACUCGCAUCCUUGGAUAGAUAUUUUGUGCGACCGUCCUGCGCAGUCUUUGGUGGACCAGGCGCUUAAGCAGCAAGGUGUUGAAGUAUAA